GUCAGUUGUACGUACCCACGAGGUGAAACACACACGACAAGCGAUCGCGUUCCCUGCUAAGAAGAAACAACGAUCGCAUCACACGCCCGAACAUUCUAACGAGCAUUGGAUAUACGUGUGCGUGUCGCCGCUUGGUAUUCAACGACCUAAGCUUUGUAGUAUAUACAUAUUUAGUAUAUAAUACAUACAUAUAUACAUUGUGAGAGAAAGUCUGAAAGAGAGAGAGGAGACGUCCCAUAGGAGAGGUUACGAGAUGGAUUGGAGGAGUACCCGCGUUGUGCUUCUGAGUGCUAUGUGUUGUAUGCCGCUGCUAUGGAGUUGCGCCGAGGGAGGCAAGGGAGAACGACGAGAAUGUCAGUUUCCAAUCGAUUGGACUGGAAGCUGGUUUCAAAGCGGAGUGCGAGACACGGUUUUGAUUCGACGCAACUCGAUUUCCAUCCAUUCGAAAGUGGAAGGCGGCAACUGUACCCAUAGCAACCGAGACAAGUUCGUCGUUAAGCAUAGGAUCGGACAUCGGGAAUGUUACACGUGUUUAGCCAUCGCAGAAAAACAUCGCAACGUCUUACAGUACAAGAUGAGUGGAUGCGUAGAGAGAAAGAGCUCACUGAAAGAGAUAUGCGGACAGAUCACGGGUGACGCACCUUUGCACACGAUGUUUAGAGAUGGCGGAGACUCGGUGCCGUGUCCGUUCGGCGGACCGUUCGAGUUUUCGUACGACAACGCGUUCGGCGAAUGCUGGGAUCCGGCAUCCCGUAUCGACAUGUGUACCGACAACACGAAGCUACGGCUCAGCUACCAGGCGUGCGCCGACAUACCGCUAUCCGAGCAUAAGAAUUGUACAGCUUGAGUGCACCGCAUCCUGGCAGGAAGGAUCCAGUAACUAUAUGGUUGGAAGAUUUACCCACAAGAGCAUAAAAUCGGACGAGGAGGGCUACAGAUGCUUCAUAGCUACCCCUCCCCGAUGUGUUCGUUUCCAUCCUGGAUGACGUCAUUGGGUAAGUGGCGGACGCUUCAAGGUCAUGACGAGUUUAUCGUCGGCAAUGACGGUGGCAUCGUGACGACAUUUAACUCCCGUCACAGAGUCGAGCGCAGCGACCGAUGCAUCGAAGUACAGAGCCACAGCGAUAACAUGACAACGCUCGUUGCAUUCACGAUUAAAGGAUGCCAUCGCGGAUACAAGUGCUACAAGAUCCACAAGCGAGGUCAGCAGAUUAUUGAGAUCGAGUCUGGAUUCCUCGUUCAUUCCGUCGAGGGCGCGUGCAAGGACGAAAACUUCGUGUCAAGGGACCAUUUCGAGACUCUAGUGCCAGCUACGCCACUGACCCCAGAGAGUUGCCCUCACGGAGGUCGCUAUGAGAUCAUGGAGACGACCACAGACGUGAUAUGCAGUAACCGCAAGUCUACGGCCAGCUUCGGAUGCGAGAACCAGAAUGAAAUCACCGUAGAACAUCUCUGCGAAGGCAAUAGCAUCAAUGACGUAGAGCUUCAAGUUGUAAAAGAUAUCUACGACUGUCACGGCUACUGGGAAGAGGACGGUGUACAUUAUCUGGUCGCCAGUGAUAAAAACUCCGCGACGAUCUGCAUGGUGUUCAGCCAUGAAGACGGUGCAAUGCGAAUAGCGAAUCACCUUACGUCUUGCGAGCGACCAUCUACUCGUUACUUGGAUAAAGUCACCGAAUUCAGCGUCACGUCACUGGGUCAGUGUUAUUCAUCGUCCGCGGGUGGCUUCCCUGGGGGCGGAGGAUGGCAAGCCUUGCUUCUCAUCGUUGGCUCACUGCUCCUGACUGCUGCCAGCGCACGUCUAUAGUGUCAUCACACGGCAAAGCUCAGUAAAAAAAUGCCAUCCAUUUUUUGGGAAAAAACGGAAAAGCCGUUGCUGAGGAGUGCGUUCUAGCACUUUGCGCGUGCGUGUAGAGCGUCGCUAGAAGCCCCCGUGCGUGCGUGUAUGCGUGCGUGCGCGAGUGCGUGCGUGCGCGCGUGCGUGCGUGCGUGUGUAUAUUUGAGAUUGCAAGACACUGUAUUGUAUACAACACCGCGCGGUGACCCUGCUCGAUGUUAGCGCUAGCCACUACAAUACGAUGUACUGCGUUAUAGAGGCGGAUUGAUAGCGGUCAUUUUAUCAUGCUGUUCGUUGUAAGUGUCACAUUCAACGUCUAACUCGCAACGAAGUCGUAUUUUUUCCCGACGGGAAAGGGGGCAUACGCAGGCACGAAGCGUUGCGCCCACGCCGCGGUCAUCAGCAGGGAAUUUGUAUAUUUUACAGUAGCGCGUAAGGCGGCACUCCUUCGUGAACUGGAAAUGGCGCCCGUCUACCUGCGCCUACCUUAGUAGUAGUAGCGUAAGUCAGGAGUUUAACUUCUGGGAAAUUCGUCAUCAGUUCGGCACUUUACAGGGCUUCCAUGAACUAUCAUUUUCCUGGUAGAUAUUUUGUUAUUUGGAAUAAGGAGUUGAAUAUUAUUUUUUGCGCGAGCAUGAUUUUUUUGUCCGAUUUAGCCACGAGGCAAGACUCUCUGCGUAGUAACAUCGUUUUAAAUUGCGCAUGUAUCUCAACAGUCCGAGGAAAACGAAGCACACCCAAUUUAAUGUAACAUAACACGUAGCAAUGUGAAUACUGUCAUUUAACGUAUUGAUAUUUAAUAUAACGCGACAAAAUGGGUGAGAUACAUAUGAGAUACAUAUGAGAUACAUAUGAGAUACAUAUGUACGUUGCUUCAAAAUGUGGCACAUUGUGGAAACGUAUGCCGAUGAACAUUGCAACCAUUUAUAAAGAUUAACACUGCUUAAACGCUAGUAGUUGGUUCACGCAGUAAAGAAACUGUAGACUGAUGUGAUAUAUGUCUGAGCAUGCGCACAUACUGUGAUAAAAGAGGACCUUGUAAAUAAGGAUAGCAGAAUGAGGAUUAUUGUGUCAGCUAUUGUAAUUGUAAAUAAAUGCUUCCUAACGAGUUUUCCAUUAAAUAUAUAUCUAUAUUAUUUGA